AUGGUUCAGGUUCAGGUUCAGGUUCAGGGUCAGGUUCAGGGUCAGGUUCAGGUUCUGGUUCUGGUUCUGGUUCUGGGUCUGGGUCUGGUUCAGGUUCCUGGUCUGGGUAUGCUGGGAUGUAACCACUCACCUGUCAGGAAACACUCACCUGUCCGCAGGUACUUCCUGUGUCUCCAGCUCAGACAGGAUAUAGUUUCUGGGCGGCUGCCAUGUUCCUUUGCCACUCACACCGUCCUCGGCUCCUACACCGUCCAAUCAGAGCUCGGAGACUACGACCCGGAUGAGUGCGGUUCAGAUUACGUCUCUGAAAUAAGUUUUGCUCCUACUCAAACUAAAGAAAUGGAGGAAAAGAUCAUGGAGCUGCACAAAACCUACAGGUUCUAA